UUCGGGGCGGGCCUGUGGGCGUGGCUCGGCGGUGGCGGGACUGGCGGCGCGCGGUGCGCAGGCGCACGGGGGCUCCAAUCUCUCCUGCCUGUGGCCCUCCCCCCCGGAGCCUCCGCCCCCGCCCCUCCCGCCCGGCAGCAGCAGCCUCAGCCUGGGCUUCGGCAGAGGCAGCAUCGCAAGUCCUUCAGAGCAGCAGCAGCAGCGGGUGGCGGCGGCUGCCGGGCUUCCCCGUCAUCCUCUGCCUCUUCCUCGCUCCCUCCUCUGUCUUCCCUCUUCAGGCCGCAGCCCCAGCCCGGGAGCCGCCCGACCUUAAGCCCAAAUCCGAGCCGGAGCCCGAGUAGGAGCAGACGCACGUGGCCGAGCUAGCCCGGCCCGGCCCUCGAACGAAGAACCGGGCAAUAGCGGGAGGCGGCGGCGGCGGCGGCGGGAAUCUGAGCAGCCUGAGCAGGCGGCGCCAUGGGGGACCGGGAGCAGCUGCUGCAGCGCGCGCGGCUGGCCGAGCAGGCGGAGCGCUACGACGAUAUGGCCUCCGCCAUGAAGGCGGUGACUGAGCUCAAUGAGCCACUGUCCAACGAGGACCGCAAUCUCCUGUCUGUCGCCUACAAGAACGUGGUCGGGGCUAGGCGGUCCUCCUGGCGAGUCAUCAGCAGCAUCGAGCAGAAGACCAUGGCGGACGGGAAUGAGAAGAAGCUGGAGAAGGUGAAGGCCUACCGGGAGAAGAUCGAGAAGGAGCUGGAGACCGUCUGCAACGACGUGCUGGCGCUGCUCGACAAGUUCCUCAUUAAGAACUGCAACGACUUCCAGUACGAGAGCAAAGUGUUCUACCUGAAGAUGAAGGGCGACUACUACCGCUACCUGGCCGAGGUGGCCGCCGGCGAGAAGAAGAGCAGCGUGGUGGAGUCCUCCGAGGCCGCCUACAAGGAGGCCUUCGAGAUCAGCAAGGAGCACAUGCAGCCCACCCACCCCAUCCGGCUGGGGCUGGCGCUCAACUUCUCCGUCUUCUACUACGAGAUCCAGAACGCUCCCGAGCAGGCCUGUCUCCUGGCCAAGCAAGCCUUCGACGACGCCAUCGCCGAGCUGGACACGCUGAACGAGGAUUCCUAUAAAGACUCCACUCUGAUCAUGCAGCUGCUGCGAGACAACCUCACUCUCUGGACGAGCGACCAACAGGACGAGGAAGCAGGCGGAGAAGGCAACAACUGAGAGAGAGCAGCCCUCGGGAUUCCACGGCCCUCCGUCCCCCCGCCCCGUCCCCAGCCCCGAGCCGUCCCCGUCAUCGUCCUCAUCGACACGUCCCCCGCCACGGUCCCUUGAUAUCUAGUGCUAAACAUAUCUGUAUUGUGCGCACAGCGACUCCAAGCUGCCCUCCCACGGAUCAGGAAGCGGCCUCAGACACCACGUCUCCAUGGGCAUUGCUGGAUGGAUGGAAGCUCCCUUCAUGAAUUGUGCAGGCAGGAGAGGAGGUGCCCGAAAGGGUGCAGUGAAAGGAAGGAAGGAAGGAAGGAAGGAAGGAAGAAGGGAAGGAAGGGAGGGAGGGAGGGAGGAAGGAAAGAGAUUGGAAGAGAAUUAGUCCUCAGUGAUCUUUGCAAUUUUACCCAUUUCUGAUGAGCUAAUAGUGUUUUGUUGAGCAGUCCGUCAUCUGCAUGCAGAAUACGUUGUUGACCCCUCCCGCCACUGUCUCUCCGCGAACGGGAAACAGGGACAGGAAGCUGAGGCUCCAAGAGAUGCCCCGAUCCUCGCCAUCAGCUUACAAUGAACUGUCUCAAAUGUGAGGUUUCAGUAAUGCCUUGUUUUUGCCUCUUUAAAUUAUGUGCACAAACCUUGUUUUCAAUGCAAUGCCUCUCAAAGUUUGGAUACUUGUAACUUUUUGUUUUUGGUUGCGAUUGUUCAAGAAUCAUGGAUUUAUUAUUAUUAUUAUUAUUAUUAUAUUUUUUUUGGUAACUCUUUGGCCAUUGUCCUUGUGUAUUCUGACAGCGAGUGCCAUGUGUCAGCCCAUGUCAAUCAAGGUGGAUGAUUGUGAAACAUCAGACUUCUAAAAUAAGUGUUUUGGAAUUCAGUGGAUAAAAUAAAUGCUGCUUUGGGGAUAUUAUCGCUA